AAGUGGCCGGUGCCGCCGGGACCGCAGGGAUUCCCUGCCUUACGCCUGCAGGUACAUGAGUGUUCUCCGGCUACACCUGUCUGAGACUAGUGAUGACCUUCCCUGCCGCUGGAACGCUGAUGGGCGGCUCAGCGAAGGGCCCGGAAAAUGGCCACGGAAAUGAUGUCCCCUUCAUAUGAACAUGGAAUAGUUUUCCUCUGAAGUGGGAGAUCAGAUGAAUGCCUCGGAGUUCUUCUGUGAGUUUGAGCAAGGGCUGAGAUUCUUGAAAGAGGUAGCUCAAUACUUCAUAAUACAGUGACCAUACGGAAUGAAAGAAAAAUUAUCUGUUUUUUCAAAUACUAGAGUCUGUUCUUUGAAACAAUGUAGUUUACCUUCAAAAGUGAAAGAAGAAUCUGGACACUUUAAAGAUAUCUGGUAGGCAUAGCAAAAUGCUUUGUUUGAGGCAGGUUUGCUUGUUUACACUGAGACAUUACCAAGCUCGGACUCUGAGCAGUGAUCCUCUUUUGAGCCAGAUAAAUAGCUGCACCCAUGAAGACGAAGUGUUCAGCCUUGUUGGAAGGAACAAGGCCAGGCUUUCUGAAAAACAUGUGGGAAUUGCUUUGAACAUGCUGUGGCAAUUGCAAAAGAAGAGGCCACUUCUCUCAAGGACUAGUGACUAUGUAAGAAAUCACUCCCAGUUUCUGACUCUCUGCGUUUUAGCAGAAAACAAGGUGGAACACAUGGAAGAUGAGGCCGUAGUAGACACUCUAUAUAGUAUUCUGAGGCUUGAUGUUGAAGACCAUGAUUCUCUAGUAGAAGUUCUUGUUACAGAAGCAUGGAAAAGAUUAGAAAGGCUUAGUUUGCCAGCUCUGUCUAAAUUUGCACUGUGUUUAUACAAGCAACACAAACAUUUCAGUCCUGUAAUUGGCAAAGUAGCUCAUAUUGUGGAUGUGAAGCUGGAUUCUAUACAAGAUAUAAGGAUCUUGUCAGUUUUGAUGAUCAGCAUAUCUGAUGUUAUCUCACAGAGUUUCCGAGAUCGAUUAGUACACAAGGCUGAACAGGUCUUGAAAGAAAAUGAUGAAGUCCACUUCAACUAUGCCAAAAGAAUACUACAGUUUCUUCAGAAUGUUAAAGUGAGAUAUUCUCCAUUGGUAGAAAAAUGCAACAAGAUUUUCCUUAAAAGUGCCUCCCAUCUAGACGUACACAGUAUUAGUCUUAUUUUUGGACUGUACGAGCAGAUGGGUUUUGACAAUGCUGAAUUCCGCUUGGUUGCUAAACAGCUGCUGUCUGAAACUAUAGAUGAUUAUUAUGAUCCUGACAGCUUUGCAAAAUUAUUUUUCACUCUUGGGCCUAUGGCAGGAUCCAAGGUAAGAGAAAGGUUGCUAGUAACUGCAGCGUCCAUGGCAGAAGAAUUUAGCAGUCAUCAGGUAUUGAUAAUACUCAAGACAAUGCAGAAAAUGAAAUGCAGAAAUUCUCAUCUACUCAAAAAAAUGGCUUCUGUUCUGCACAAACACUUGGAUAACUAUAAUCUAUUACAGUUGGUAAAGUUAACACAUUACUUGGUGGUAUUGCGUUGCCACAAUCUGGAGCUGUUUGCCAAACUGAGGAUAUUACUACUUGGGUUUUUAAAACCUAGUGUCAUACCUGCUGAUACAGCUGCAAUAAUUCGUGUUCUGGCCAUGCUUCCUUCCUUUCAAGUGGAGGAAAUCAUUAUAAACAAAGCAGCAACAGUUCUGCCUCAGUGCAGGCUCCAUCAUUUGAAUUGCAUCGCUACAGCUCUUAUCAAAUGGAAUCAUUAUGACCAGUUGCACUGGCAAAACAGUUCUGAUCUACAUGUAAAGCUUCUGCAAAAAGUAAAUGACUGUGCAUUUCAGAGGCUUCAGAAAGCGAACAAUUUAAAUCUUCUGUUGGAAGAAUUUACACAUCUGAAUGGAGAGUGGUUUGAAGAAGUCCUCAGUGAGGAAACUAUGGCUGUGUGUCGAUGUUUGAUAGACCAGAUAACAUGGGCAAAUGUAUCACAGUUGUCUUUUUUCCUCAUAAAAACAAACCACCAUUGUCCUUCAUUACUUGACCAAAUAGCUUCUGUGACUGUUGAAAACAUAGACAAGAUCCACCCCUUUGAAAUCUAUUUUAUUCUUUUCCUUUUCUCUGCUCUGAAUUAUGACCCACCUGCUGGUGAAGAGUUCUUUGAAAGUUGUAUCCAACGUCUUACUUCUAACUUCAGUUGUUUUGAAGCUCAUCAGUUGGUGCUGCUUGGUCAUGUUUUGGCAGUGGCUGGGUAUUUUCCUCCACUUCUGAUAAACAGGAUAUUUAAUGUGUCUUUCCUAAGUGAAUUGAAUGCUCAACUUGAAGUCCUGCCUGACGCUCUAAAGCAGAGGGUCCGCUCCCGCCUCAUGAAGUUGAACAGAGCAGUCUGUCUGGAAUGCCCGGAGUUUCACAUCCCUUGGUUUCAUGAGUGCUACUGCCAGCACGUCUUCCAUUACAGCAGUAGCCGAAUUAAUCCACUGCGACAGCAUGUUCACAGAGUGCUGACAGAGAUCUUAGGAGGGAGCAAUUAUGCAAGAAUAUCUGUUCUCACACCAUACUACUAUAAAAUAGAUUUUGAGUGUAUUCUGGAUGAAAAUAAAAAGCCUCUUCCCUAUAUGGCUCAGAAUAUACGUUUGGAGGGAAUACACUUGCGACAUGGCAUGAACGAUGCAGGGAGAAAGACUCUGCCUCCUGGAGCUCAGAGAAUUGCUUUGGAAUUUCUGGAUUCAAAAGCUUUUAGCAAAAAUUCACGUCACCUGAAAGGAGAACCUGCAAUGAAAAAACGACACCUGGAAAUGCUGGGGUACCGGGUAGUUCAGAUUCCUCACUUUGAAUGGAAUUCUAUGGUUCUGUCAACAAAAGGUGAACAGCUAGAAUAUCUAAGAAAGCAUCUAUGUGGAAUACACUGACGUCAGACAUGUAGUGAAAAGUAUUUUUUUAUAUGAAUAUAUCAUGUACCACUAAACUCCUAAUCCUGGAGUACUUACUUGCAAAAAUGUCUUUAUCGGUGAGUCAGCUGGAUGAAGGCUUUCCAUGGGGCAGGUGUCAAGAGAUUUAAACCUGUUAGUUUGGGAUUGCAAGAGGCAGGUCACAACGGGCCAUGAAGAUGUGAUAAGGAUGCUUAAAAUCUUAAGGAUGCUUAAAUUAUCUGGAAGCUGUUCUUUAAGUACAUGAGUCUGUGACAGUUUUGCCAUAAAAUUACAUUAUUAUUUCCUAAGUAAAGCACAGAGCCUUAGCCAGAUAAUAAAGCUGACCAAAGGAAAAGUUGGAAAUAUUCUUGACUGUGAGAGAAGAGGCAGCAGAUCUACUGGAAACUAUGUCUGUCUUCCAGCAUGUGACAGAAUGAGCAAUAGGGAUCAGACUGUAUCUGUACUAUGAAACCAAGAAACUGAAAUGCAGAUUUGCUAAGAUUA